CAGCUUUACCCCCCCCACCCUCUCUCUCUCCCUCUCUCUCUCUCUCUCUCUCUCUCUCAUCGCACUCUCUCUGAAGGCUGCAAUUGUCUUCGAACCUUCGUCUGUGGCUGAAUCUACUCGGAGCUUCGCUUGAACAGUGCUUAGAUUAGGGCAUCUCUUGCUUCUGAGCUCGGGGUAUGAAUUAAUCCCAUCGCAAACGCAAAAGGAGUUGCGAUUGAGAGUGGCGAGUGGGAUGGCGACGGUUGCUGGUCCCGGUGCGUUACCUCCCGAGUCGCUUCGUCCUGGAGGAGGGGGUGGUGGAUCUCUGAAGGUCGGCACCAGAGUUAGACGGAAAACGCCAUCUGAGCUCAGGGGGGAGCAAUUGAAGCAGGCAAAUGUUGCUGAGCUUGUAGAUGAAUCUCCAGCCCCUUUGCUUGGGUCUAUUAAUUCAAUGGACAGUCUUAAGAAACCAGGAGCAUUGAAGCCUCCAAGAUACAUCGACAUGCGUGUAGAUGAAGUAUAUCCUGCCAAAAAGUCGAGGUUUAAGAUGAUUUCUGCGAAAGAAAACGCCAAGGAAAACCAUUCAGUUGAGCAUAAUAACACUUUGAGGAACAUCUCCACACUUUCAUCUUUUGCUGCUCAGAGAAAACAUCAACUUCCUGGGCAGGAAACUUCUACUGUUCCCCCUGAUAUUUCUGAUAACAUGGGAACACAAACUCAUCAAAGGAUUGAGGCUUGUAGCCUGAGUAAAUUUCGCAAUGUUGCUGAGAUUUCAUCAAGGAGUGAAAAACUAUCUUCCUUGGCAGCCAUUGAUAUGGAUAAAGCUUUAAAAGGGUUGGCUGCUCAGGAAAGAUCAUCCUCUGGUUUAGCCAUCGAUUCUGCAGAAACAUCUAAAGGUCCUUCAGCAGUGGGCAAUAUGUGCGCUCAAGGCACCACUAUCAGCAAACAAGUUCCUAUAGAUUUAACUUUGAAAACUGCCGUCCGAGUGGUUUCAUCAUCUCCUCUGAAUAGGAUUUAUAGGUCUAUUAUGCAGGAUGGUUAUGGUUCAACCCUGACUAGUUGCUUCGAAGCUCAAAAAAUCAGCUCUAGCUCGGGAAUAGCAUCCACUUCCUCAGACAUUGAUACUAAAGGCUUACAUUCGUGGAUCUACCCACAGUCAACUCUUCCAUCAUCUCUUAUAUCGGUUUUGAUCUCUUCAGCAACUGAGAAAGUCGAAAUGGAUUUCCUUAAGAAAAGAGAGUUGGGAUGGGAGGAAUCAUUUCGAAGUCUUUAUUAUAUGCUUCGGAAGAGGGCAUGUCACAUAUUUUACGUUUGCACUUCACAAUUCGUGGUGAUGUUUACUGGCAAUAACGAGUUUGAGAGGACCAAACAAGCAUGCAAUGCUUAUGUCUCCCGGUCUACCAGAGGUUUGAGAUCAUUGCUGAGAGAGCAUGAUGUUUCCUUCUCUAUGCCACUUUGCCUCUCUAAAGUGGAGCAAGUUACUACAGAAGAUCUUGUUGAACUCUCAGAGAUAGAGAAGAAUAAUUUAGGCCAGGCCCGAAAGCCCAGUUCCUUGACUAACAUCGAUAACAGCCCACAAUCUCUUCUAGCUCUCUGUGGAAAUGAGAAUGUCCAAUGUCUUUAUGAUGUACUGCUAAAUUAUAGGUCAUCUCUGCCAGUUUUGGCUGGAGAGGAUGUUCCAUUAUUAUUUUCACCUGUCCCAUUUCGGAAUGCUGCUCUGUCUAUGCCAGAGGUUAGAUGCAUUGAGAUGAAACAGGCUGAUCGAGGACCUACUAAUCAAGUUGCUGAAUCGACUCUUAGCAAUAGUCUAGAAAUCAAGGAUUCAUAUCUUCCACCCUGGAUUGUGUGCAACUUAUGUCAACUGGUGGGCUCUCUCGGGAGUUUUGAGGCAAGUUUCAUGACGGAAGGCAUCUCCAUCGGGUUGAAUGCGGCCCUUGAAGCAAUCCGUGCAGAACCCAAUUCAGAAGACCCGAAAGAUAGCCCUGCUUUUGGUAUUUCAGAAGCCACAGUUUCCCCUUUCUUGCUUUCGGGAUCAUUGAAGAGCUUGAGAUUCUGUGAUGGCUCCUAUACAGCUUCAAUUUCUCCUGCAUGAAUGAGAUACUAACAAUUCAUCCUGGGUUUUGCUGCUAAUGUAAUUUCCUCCAAGUCCCUAUUUGGGUGCUUAAGCAUAUCAUAGAUCUUUCCGUGUUUCAAUUAUUGUCACUACCAUAAAGAACAGAUUUAGUUUGUGUUUCUUGUACUGACUGAGCAAUAUUCGUCCUUUUAAAGGGAAUAAUUAUCAGAACCAGGACCCUAAUGGGCUUUAAUUCUCUGA